UUCACUGUUGCAGGCUAUAUUUCUCCUAGUCUGGUUUCUUUUUAAAACUUCCACUACCAAAUGAACCCUGGAUUAUUUUCGUUGUCUCCUCACCAUGAACUCUCACUUUUCCCUCAUUGUCCACACUUGUUUUUACGUUUUCUUUCUUCUGUCUGGUGGCACCUGUUCAGAAGCAGAGCACAAGUUGUUCUCUGUGAUAUUCUCCAGCUACAAUCAGUACAUACGGCCAGUGGAGAAUGUGUCCGACCCAGUGGUGGUCCAGUUUGAAGUGUCCAUGUCCCAGCUGGUCAAAGUGGAUGAAGUGAACCAGAUCAUGGAGACCAACCUGUGGCUGAGACAUAUUUGGAACGACUACAAACUGAGGUGGGAUCCCAAGAACUUUGGAGGGGUGGAGUUUAUCCGAGUGCCUUCUAACAGGAUAUGGAAACCAGAUAUUGUUCUGUACAACAAUGCGGUUGGAGAUUUCCAGGUGGAUGACAAAACCAAGGCUCUGCUUCGCUACAAUGGCGACGUGACCUGGAUCCCCCCAGCCAUCUUCAAGAGCUCCUGCAAGAUCGACGUCACCUACUUUCCCUUCGACUACCAGAACUGCACCAUGAAGUUUGGUUCCUGGACCUACGACAAGGCCAAGAUCGACUUGGUUCUGAUUGGCUCGACCAUCAACCUUAGGGACUUCUGGGAGAGUGGCGAGUGGGUGAUCAUCGACGCCCCGGGUUACAAACACGACAUCAAAUACAACUGCUGCGAGGAAAUCUACACGGACAUCACCUACUCUCUCUAUAUCCGCCGCCUGCCUCUCUUCUACACCAUCAACAUGAUCAUCCCCUGCCUGCUCAUCUCCUUCCUCACCGUGCUGGUCUUCUACCUGCCCUCCGACUGCGGGGAGAAGAUCACCCUGUGCAUCUCCGUCCUCCUCUCCCUCACCGUGUUCCUGCUGGUCAUCACCGAGACCAUCCCCUCCACGUCCCUGGUCAUCCCUCUGAUCGGCGAGUACCUCCUAUUCACCAUGAUCUUCGUCACGCUCUCCAUCGUCAUCACCGUGUUUGUGCUGAACGUGCACUACCGCACCCCCAAGACCCACACCAUGCCCUGCUGGGUGCGUAGCGUCUUCCUGGGCCUGCUACCCAGGGUGAUGUUCAUGACCAGGCCGGAGAGGGACCUGGAGAGGGUGGCUACGGGGGCUUCCCAGCUGCCGCCCUCCCAGCCCUGUGCGCUCCACGCCCUGCAGCAGCACAAGCCGCAGGCCCUGGCCUCCGGCGUGGUGUCCAGCCUGGCGCCGCGGCAGCGCCUCUUCGUCAACGUGAAGCUCGACGACCUCGGAGGGGAAGCAGUCCAGGGCCCGGCGGGCUUUCUGUGCCGCGAGGGCCGCUGCAACUGCUGCUGGGGCCAGAGGAGCACCAGGCUCCCGGCAGACCCCGGGGGAGGGACAGGGGGCCUGGGCAGCGUGGGGGCCCUCAGCGGAGGGGGCUCUGCCGGGGUGGGAGGAGGGUGCAGCCCCUGCUCCAGCUCCGAGUCUCUGGAUGGUGGACUCGUGUCUCUGUACCCGCUGUCUCCAGAGAUCAGGGAGGCCAUCGAAAGCGUCAAGUACAUCGCAGAGAACAUGAAGCUGCAGAACAAAGCCAAGGAGGUACAGGACGACUGGAAGUAUGUUGCCAUGGUGAUCGAUAGAAUCUUCCUGUGGGUUUUUGUCCUUGUGUGUAUCCUGGGAACAGCAGGCCUCUUCCUCCAACCACUCCUGUUGGCAGGGGACAUGUGACACCCCCCCCACCCCCACACACACACACACACACACCCCACACAAGAACACACACAGUAAGAUUCAGCUAUUAGAACCACACCAUGCACAGGUUUACACUAUACAAGGUUCAAACUACAUCAUGGACAUUCCUCACUGAAGCCAACAGACAGGGCAACAUGGAGGAAGGAGGAGACCCAUUCUUGGAUGUGAGCUCCAGCCAGCUGUUCACUGUCUUUUCUCUCCAUCUAAAUGUGUUGAUUGGCUAAAAUGGGGUUGUGACCUUCUCCGUGGUUGAGACACUGUUUUUACCACGGCAACCACUGGACAGCACACCCAAUCUCCUGCUGUGAUGCUUUGUUUACAUCUCAUUGUGAUGGUUACACCGAUACAGAGGUCCAUGCUUCUGCUUCUUAAACAACACGGAGCCCCGAACUUUCUGUCAGAUGAGAGGACAACAUACAUGGACAUACUAACAGCUAAAAAGAAUUUCUGAAAGCCUGUAAUAGGUACUUUGGAGCAAUGUUGGGAAACAAUGAGUGAUUUAGCACAUACAUGCCGAUGUUAUGUUGGAAGAUUUAAUUAUCGUGUUAAAUAUUCAUGGUGAUUCAGUUCCGUGAACAUCUUUCUGUUCUCUCGCCUUGUUAUGAUCACAAACAAGUCAAUGCAAACACACGUAUUCAUAAAGAUCAUACAUUAUAAUCAUUAAAAACAGCUGCAGUAUGUUCCCAGUG